CCGCUGGCUCCUGGGCACCCGAGGAUUGAGGGGGGCGGGGAAUCAGACUUGUCGGAGGUUGGGCCCGGCCAGUCUUGCUGGGUGGGGCCUGAGAGCCUAGGAAGACAACUGCGGUGCUCCAAGCCACAAUUAAAAGUGGGGACAGGUCUCUCGUAGAGUCCCCGGGGGGCUCGGGGAUGUAGGCAGCCAAUACCAGAGCUCGCGGUUGGGGUUGGUAGUGGGGCCUCCCGAAGUCACUGUGUCCACUCCAGCCUUUCCCCGGGCCCGGGGGUGACUUUGAUGUGUUCCUACUUUGGAGGGGUGAGGACCGCGACGAACCGCCACUAGGUAGGGGCCUGGCUGGCCUUUAUCGGCCCGCCCCCGUGUCACCUCCGCCCAGGAUCCCGCCCCCAUCCCAACCUCCCAGUUCUGAACCUCCCGGCCUGGUCCCAGUGGCCCGAAUCGGGGUCCAGAGGCGCAGCUGCACCAGCCAGAUCCAUGGCCACGCUGGGCUGCGCGAGGCUGAGGUGGGCGCUGCUGGGCAUUCGGGUGGCCGGUCGUGGCCUCUGCCCAGCAGGGGCCAGAGCCAAGGCCGCGAUCCCCGCCGCCUUACCUGCCGACGAGGGGUCUGGAACCGGUCCUGGAGAGUCGCGGAAGUUGCGGAGCCUGGAGGAGCUUCCCAGGCUGGGACAGCUGCGCUUUCUCUUCCAGAUGUUCGUGCAAGGCUAUGCACUGCAGUUGCACGAGCUCCAGGUGCUGAAUAAGGCCAAGUACGGUCCGAUGUGGAUUUCCUUAGCUGGCCCUCAGAGCUUUGUGUACCUGGCCAGUGCCCCACUCAUCGAGCAAGCUAUGCGGCAGGAGGACAAGUAUCCCGUAAGGGACAGCAUGGAAGUAUGGAAGGCGCAUCGGGACCAUCAGGGCCUCUCUUACGGGGUCUUCAUCAAAGAAGGGGAGCACUGGUACCAGCUGCGCCAGCGUUUGAACCAGCGGCUGCUGAAGCCGGCGGAGGCUGCACUGUACACGAACGCUUUAAAUGAGGUGAUUGACGACUUCAUGAUUCGGCUGGACCAGUUACGGGCAGAGAGUGCUUCGGGGGAUCAGGUGCUGGAUAUGGCUCACCUCUUCUACCAUUUUGCCUUGGAAGCUAUUUGCUACAUCCUGUUUGAGAAACGGGUUGGCUGCCUGGAGCCCUCCAUUCCCGAGGACACGGCCACCUUCAUCAGAUCAGUUGGGCUCAUGUUCCAGAACUCAGUCUACAUCACCUUCCUUCCCAAGUGGACCCGUCCCCUGCUCCCUUUCUGGAGGCGAUACCUGAGUGGCUGGGACACCAUUUUCUCUUUUGGCAAGAAGCUGAUUGAUCAAAAAGUCAAGGAGAUGGAGGCCCAGUUGCAGGCAGCAGGGCCAGAAGGGAUCCAGAUAUCUGGCUACCUGCACUUCCUGCUGAGCAACAAACUGCUCAGUCCACAUGACGCCGUGGCCACCUUUCCUGAGCUGCUGUUGGCCGGGGUGGACACGACAUCCAACACUCUGACAUGGGCCCUGUACCACCUUUCAAAGAACCCAGAGAUCCAGGAGGCCUUGCACAAGGAAGUGGUGGGUGUGGCACCUCCCGGGCAGGUGCCCCAGCACAGUGACUUUGCCCACAUGCCCCUUCUCAAAGCUGUGAUUAAGGAGACCCUCCGCCUAUACCCUGUGGUCCCCAUGAAUUCCCGGAUCACCAUGGACAAGGAAGUUGAAAUCGACGGCCUGCUCUUCCCCAAGAAUACCCAGUUUGUGUUUUGUCACUAUGUGGCGUCCAGGGAUCCCAAGAGCUUCUCUGAGCCCGACACCUUCCUGCCUUACCGCUGGCUGAGGAAGAGCGAGUCUGAUUCUCCUAGAGUCCAGCACCCAUUUGGUUCUGUGCCCUUUGGCUAUGGAGUCCGUUCCUGCCUGGGCCGCAGGAUUGCAGAACUGGAGAUGCAGUUGAUGCUGUCAAGGCUCAUACAGAAGUACGAGGUGGUCCUCACCCCUGAGACUGGAGAAGUGAAGAGCGUAGCCCGCAUUGUCCUGGUUCCCAAUAAGAAGGUGGGCCUGCGCUUCCUGCAGAGACAGUGCUGAGCUGGUCCCCUGCCUCCCUGCGGCGUGUCCUGAGCCCCCCAGCCCUGGCACAGCAGUUCCUGGCUACUGCUGCGUGUCAGAUAUCAAGAUGCCACACACUUGACAGCCAGAGGAAAUCUGGGCCCUUCCCACAGACCCGUGAGCCACAAUCAUCACACCACUGUCCCAUAUUACACUGCUGUACCCAGGCAUAACAUAAAAGAACUCCUCUGA